AUGAUUGAUCCGGAGCAGCCGCGAUUCACCAUGACCCCCUCUCCAUCACCCCCUACUCCCCCUAAGACCUCUCUGGCCCCUCUGGAUAUCGGCGUCCUGGUUGUGUACUUUUUGCUUGUGUUGGCUGUUGGAUUCUGGUCGAUGUGGAGGACCAAGCGCAGCACAGUGGACGGGUACUUUCUGGCUGGAAAGAGCAUGACUUGGUGGCCCGUGGGCGCGUCUCUCUUUGCCAGUAACAUUGGCAGCGGUCACUUCAUCGGCCUGGCAGGGUCAGGAGCUGCGGCUGGAAUCGGGGCCAUUGCGUACGAAUGGAACGGCAUGUUCAUGGUGCUGCUGCUCGGAUGGGUUUUCCUGCCCAUCUACCUCGCGUCUGGAGUCACCACUAUGCCGGAGUAUUUACAAAAACGUUUCGGAGGCAGAAGAACGCAGCUGUUGAUCGCUGUCUUAUACUUAUUUAUUUACAUCUUCACCAAAAUUUCAGUGGAUAUGUAUGCUGGAGCCUUGUUCAUUCAGCUGGCUUUGCAGUGGAAUAUCUAUCUUGCAGUCGGGUUGCUUCUUUCAAUAACCGCUAUAUACACAGUAGCAGGUGGUUUGGCUGCCGUUAUCUACACAGAUGCAGCUCAGACAGUCAUCAUGUUAGCGGGGGCUUUGACGCUCAUGGCCUUCAGUUUUGUGGAGGUCGGAGGUUGGAACGGUCUGAUGGAGGGCUACGCUUACGCCAUCCCCUCUGUGCGUGUCCCAAACACCACCUGUGGAAUCCCUCGAGAAGACUCCUUCAACGUGUUCAGAGACCCAGUGACGUCAGACCUGCCCUGGCCUGGGCUCUUCAUCGGCAUGUCUAUCCCCUCCAUGUGGUACUGGUGCUCCGAUCAGGUUAUUGUGCAGCGCUCUCUCGCAGCUAAGACUUUGACUCAUGCCAAAGGAGGCUCCCUUCUGGCCGUGUACCUGAAAAUCAUCCCUUUCUUUGCUGUGAUGUUACCGGGAAUGAUCAGUAGAAUACUAUAUACAGACGACGUGGCCUGUGCAGACCCUGAUGUGUGUCGGGAGGUUUGUGGUAACCCAGUGGGGUGUACAGACACGGCGUAUGCCAGGUUGGUCAUGGAGCUACUGCCUUCAGGUCUGCGUGGCCUCAUGAUGGCCGUCAUGAUCGCUGCACUCAUGUCUUCCCUCACAUCCGUCUUCAACAGCGCCAGCACCAUCUUCACUAUGGAUCUGUGGAAAACGUUUCGGUCGAGAGCAACAGAGUGGGAGCUCAUGAUCGUUGGCAGAGUCUUUGUACUGGUUCUCGUAGUGGUCUCUGUGAUGUGGAUCCCGGUGGUCCAGGCCAGUCAGGGGGGACAACUGUUCAUCUACAUCCAGUCCAUCAGCACCUACCUCCAGCCUCCUGUUUCCAUAGUCUUCAUCUUGGGCUGUUUUUGGAAGAGAACCAACGAAAAGGGUGCAUUCUGGGGACUGGCUCUCGGCCUGCUGAUCGGUUGCAUACGGAUGUUGUUGGAUUUCAUCUAUCCCCAACCACAGUGCUAUGAAGCGGACACACGGCCGGGAGUGUUAAAAUAUGUGCACUACCUUUACUUCUCCACGCUGCUCUCUGUGAUCACCUUGUGUGUGGUGGUGGUCAUCAGCCUGGUCACAGAGGAGCCGCGGCCAGAGCAGAUUUCUCGCCUCACCUGGUUCACAAAGUCUGACCCUGUACAGACGCAGGUGCCCACAGUGGAGCAGAGCAGUAACAAGGCAGAGGACAAUAAUGACCUUCAGACAGACCACACAGACACCAGAGAUCCAUCUGAACACAGGGCAUCCACGUCAUCUUCUGUGAGCGUGCGUCAGUCGCGGCUCAUGUCUGCCCUCUACUGGCUGUGUGGGUUGGAGCGCCGACAGGAUCACAGCCCCCCUCCUCCCCCUGAGCCUCCGGCUGUUGAUUCACUGGACGAAAAGCCACAUCUCAAAAUGAUUGUAAACGUCAAUCUCAUCAUUUCGCUGACUGUAACAGUAUUUAUUUUUGGCUACUGGGUGUGA